CCACUAUGUCACAAGAUGCUUCACAUAGUAACUCGGGCCCAAAAAUCAACCACAAACAUCAAAAGCAGUUUAAUAAGUGCAACAGCAAAGAAUCUGUUAUCACAGAGAAGGCUGUUGAUGCAGUGAUGCAAGAUGAAGACGAACAGGAAGAAAGCAAGAGCCAAGAAAUUUCUCAGAGUAGUGUCAGCUCUGAAAAGAAAGAUGGAUCUGAAGGACUUAAUGUUAGAGAGGAAGAAGAAGAGUCUAAUGAAGAAGAUGAUGACAGUCAUGAUAUCAUUGUGGCCGAGGAGAAAAUAAGUCACAGACAAGCUAAGGACGAAGAAGAGGAUGAGGAAAGCACAGAUGGAGAUGAGGAAGCAGGUUUUGAUGAUGAAGCACAGGGAGGCAAUGAAGAAGGGAGUGAGAAAAUGACGGGAAAGAGAGAUGGGACUGAACGCAGUCAUAGAGAAGAGCCAGAAAGGGAAGGCGAUGUUCCAGAUGACAUUCCAGAUUGUGGAGAUGGAGGAGAAACAACGGAGGAAGAGGAGGGAGACAAUAGUUUCCAAAAUACAAAGGAGGCUAGAAAGACUCAAGAAACUGUAGAAGAUGAAAAAGAUAUUCACAAAAGCCUCGAGGAGUCUGAAGAGGAAGAGGUUUACAAUCGAGAAACAGAAGAUGAUGAAGAAGAAGAAGAUGACGAGGUUGUGGUUGAGAAAGCAUACCCCUGGUCACGAGACCCUUUUGAUGAUCAUACAAAAUGCCCUGAGGAUGAUGAGGAUGAUAUUGAAAGUCUUCUCAACCCUGUCAACUCCCAAACACAGCAGGAGGAUGAUAUGAAGGAGACAGACCAAUCAAAUGAUCAACCCUCUGAUUUAGAGGAGGAAAAUCUACCACAGAAGAGUCAUCCUGCAGCCACAAAUGAGAUCGUGGAGUCUGAUGAUGAGUUUGACCACUUCUAUGAUUAAACCAGAAACUACAACAGAAAGAUGGGAGACAGAAAAAGAACAGAACAGAAAGAGAAAACCAACAAUGGAUGAAUACGCUGAACAGAAGCUGCAAUAACUCAAUGCUUUCAGAAAAUGAGCAAGGUGCACACCCUAAACAGCAGCUUCAGACCAGCCAGAGAGCCACAAGGCCGAGCAAUGAAUAGAGGAAUCACAUUACAAAGGGAUGAAAGAGGAAAGAAAGGGAUAAAUAGAUGCUGGGUGUCCCUCAUCUUUUUUUGUUAUUUGCUGGUAGCUUAUCUGACUGUCCUGAAAGAACCGCACCACUGUCACUCUGCAAACACAGGUGGAUCCAGAGACGAAGAGAGAAUAAUAGAGGAGAUGAAUAGUGGAUGACGUUAAACGAGAGAAGCCAAGUUAUAGAUUUUAUUCUAAGUGCAUAGCUGGAAUGCUAUCACAUUUCUAAAACAGAAAAGUGUUUCUUUAAUCUAAAUCUAUGUCCUAAAAGGAAUCAAAGUGUUUGCCCUGAGUUCUUUGGAAUUAAUUUAAAUGUAGCAAGAAUUUGAACGCUUUCUCAUUCAGAUAGGGAGCGUGGCCUGAAGCGAGGGGGGUUAGUGAAGUUUCGGGGGAAGUGGGAAGGAGUGCAGGCCUGUCACUGCCUCUGACUGAUGGCUAUUUGAACAGGCAUAUUUACCCGGGCCCUUGUGAAAGGAGACGGAGGGACACUAACGGAGACGCGCAGGCACAGACAGGCAAUAAAAAGCUGGCCACUGUGUAAACAACAUGGCCUAGUCUGUUCGGCCGCUGCCAUGCCAACAGGGCAGCUUCCACUCUCCAGCCAAUCACAUGCCAGCUUUUUGACAAGCGGAACAAAACCCCCAUGAGACGUUUUAAGCAGCCAUCGAAAAAAAUGCUUAUAAAAUAAAAUAUUUCCUUCUGCGUUUGGGUUGUUGAUACGGUUUGGAUGUCCUGCAGAAUGACAUGCUGUACUGUUUCAAACAGCAUUUUGUAAUUCUUUUAGAAUUGUUGCGCAUGCAAUUUAGUUCUUUUAAAAUUUGUCACAACUCAGGAUCAUUUAAAAUUAACUAAAUAUACACAAAUACAUUUACACAGAAUUUAAUUACAUUUAUCAUUUGACAAACUUUUUCACCAACAAUCACCUGGCAGCAGAUCCCUUCCUCCUGCCCCUACCCCCUCACAGUCUGGAUCCACAGCUGGGCUACUGAUGACCUGCAGACAGCAUCUUCACACCCUACAAAUCCACAUUCACACCCUUGUAAUGCUAAGAACUGAAUACACACAUAGCCAGACUUUCAGAUAUUUAGAAAGUCACGUCACAGUCAUCCAUCAUAUCAACAUACAGCCGAAUCUGUUGAUGGGCCGACUUCUAAAGAAGACAAUAAUCUGUGCAGGAACAGAUCAUAGCCCAGAAAGCUCAUGGAGUCCUGACGUCUCGCCCUCUGUCUGAAUCUCGGACACACACUGAGGGGUCUGUGGCUUCUGCUCAGAUCGCUGUGGGUGUCCCUGUGUCCCAUUGUUGAGAAGACACUGCUUUGGGGAGGUCCACCAUUAAGACAGUGUCUUCCUAUUGUUCUCAUACACUCAAACACAAUCCUGCUUACCCAAGAAUCAAAGGUUAGGCUAGCAUUCAGCCCAUGAGACACCACACCAACCACACUAAACAGUCA